AUGGUGGUGGAAUCAGGAGACCUGGGGGCUGUGGAAGAAGAACAGGAGGAGUGGUCCAGAGAGGGUGGGAGUCAGCUCAGUAGCUUUUCCUGGGAUAACUGUGAUGAAGGAAAGGACCCUGCGGUGAUCAACAGCCUGAGUCUGGAACCUGACCCCAUUGUCAUUCCUGGGAAUGUGACCGUCAGUGCUGAGGGCAGGACCAGUGUCCCCCUCAGUUCUCCUCAGAAGGUGGAAUUAACCGUGGAGAAGGAAGUAGCUGGCUUCUGGGUCAAGAUCCCGUGUGUGGAACAGAUUGGCAGCUGUACCUAUGAAAACUUCUGUGAUAUCCUUGACACUCUCAUUCCCCCUGGGCAGCCCUGCCCAGAGCCUCUGCACACAUAUGGGCUUCCCUGCCACUGUCCCUUCAAAGAAGGCACCUACUCACUGCCCAAGAGUGAUUUCGCUGUGCCCGACCUGGAGCUGCCCAGCUGGCUUAGCAGUGGGAAUUACCGCAUCGUGAGCAUCCUGAGCAGCCAGGGGAAGCGUCUGAGCUGCGUCAAGAUCUCUGCCUCUCUAAAGGGCAAAUAAUGUGGCACUAGCCAUAAUAGAAUGAAGGCCAAUUCUGACUCACUGCCCUCAUUCAGUCCCCUUUCUGCAAUGAUUCCGCUACCCUCACUAAAAAGCACUUUGUGCCACUUGGGUUAGGCUGGAGCAAGGAGCCCGAGCCCAAGGAGGAUGAGUUUGGCAGUUCUUGAUAGCGCAGGACAUCUGUUGGGCUGGCAACGUCACUUUCCUCCCACCCCUGUGGCUUUCUCUCUAAA